AUGUUUUUACCACCCACUCUUGAAGAUGGUACCGUUAAUUCUGCCCAAAUAGCAAAAGAUCGUCAGAGAGCUCGAAUGGAAUCUAGAAAUAGUGCUUUGCGCUUUGUUUUGAUUCCUGUUGCUAUGGAGCUUGGAGCACAUUUUUGUUCUUUAGUGCUUGGCUGGGAUUGGGUAUACAUAUGA